AUGGUUGGUUGUAGUUAUGGUGUUCAUCCUACAUGCGCGACACGAAAAGAUAUAUGGGAUGGAAAAGAACUUGAGGGAACAUCAGAAGACUUAUAUGAAGAUGUUGAGUCGUACAAAGAGAUAAGUGCUGGAAUUAUACAGCAUUUCAUUCAUCAAAAUCAUCAUAUGAGACUAGACGAGGAAACCGAUAGGGCAUUUGACGAGAACAAACGUUGUCAAGCAUGUGCACUUCCUAUCUUUAAUGAUAUUAUUUACCAUUGCAUGCAAUGUGAUAACUUCGUUCUCCAUCAAACAUGUGCAAAUCAGCCUCGGAAGAAACAACACGCGACGCAUCCUCAUUCCCUUAGUCUACGAGUGGAUCAUGAAAAAGGUUGGUUCAAAUGUACAGCUUGCGAACAAGAAGCAGAUCCGGAGAGUGGACUUUAUAUGUGCAAUGUUUGCAACGUCACACUGCAUAUAAACUGUGUUCUUGGAGACAUUAUUUUGUAA